GAGUGAGGGCCAGCAAAUAGUUUCGAGCUUCAGGAGUUCAGUGGCUGCAGGAGAUGAUGACAGUUUUACAUUAGAGCUACAGUGAGAAACUCCAGAGCUGUGUCCCUGCAGCAUGUCAGUGGUUAUAUGAUUAUUACUGUAAAUACAUGGUGGUGGAUCAGCAACACGAUGCCACACACAGCAUGGAUGUGGUUUGGUUGCCAAUAUUUUGCAAAUUAUGCUGCACACCGGUCCCCACACCAGACUCAAACACUGAAUUCAUUAAAUUGAAUUUACAGAAAAUGUACUAUAUUGUAUAUCUUCAGUGCAGUGACAUUUUUUUUGUCCAAGUCAACAUGACACAAAUAUUCACCGUUACUAAGAUACGUGGCCCAGAUCAGCAGAGAAGUCUAUAAUUUCCACAUUAUUCCCACCGGCAAGCUUUGGUCUGAUGAUCAUGGUGAUGAGUAUGAUGAUGGUGAUGAUGAUGAAGAAGUAAUUUCUGGAAACAAGCCUCCAGGUCUUUGUGACCAGGACGUGUAUGUGCAAAUGAGUGACUCAGCGCAUGAGCUAAUUAUAGGAACCUCUCUCACUGAGCAUCAUUUUUCAUUUGGGUUGUAACUGUUGUUACAGUCAUUAUUUCACUGGAGUGUCAAGUUACAGAUGAGGUGGUGUCUCAGUCUUACCUCACUCUGUCAGCUGGCUCUGACAACCUGCUCGCUCAGCCGUUCUCCUGAAGUCUGACAGCUCAGAAGUGUUUUUUCCCUGUAUAAUAUCUGCCUGCCUGAGAGCCACUUGUUUCUCCAAGACAGUGACAAAAGCUUUCAUUUUAAUGUUGCUUGUCACAUGGAAAGUUUUCUGUUAUCAAUCUAACGUGUAUAUUUUCAUCAUAACUGGGGAUCAAACCUGCACAACCUUGUCAUGUUCAUAAACCUGGUUGUAGUUGCUCAUCCGAACCACUAGGUGUCAGCAGUAGGCUCAGUAUUAGAGAUGACCUGGCUGGUUGGAAGUCCCCAGCCAAACGGAGACAUCCCCGUCCACGGACCCUCCUCCUCCUGCUGCACUGUGUCUGCCUGUGAUUGGCUGAGCUGGCCAUCUGUCACUGCUAAUUCCCAGCGAUUUAAUUUCUAAGCUGGUGAAUAAAUUUAUCUCUCUGUCAUGCUCGAAGGCAUGAUCAGCAGGUGGGGCCAGUUUAUUUGUGUUGUUUAGAGGCUCUAAUUUAAGCCUGUGCUGCAUCGAUCGAUCUCCAUUUCCUUCCUCAGUUAAAAAAACUGAUCUGAGUUUAUGCUGUAGUGCAGUUAAAUGCCAGUGUACCACAUGGUUUUUAAGCAUGCCUCGGUGCUUAAAUGGCUGCUAACUCAAGCUGUGUUUCUCCACAAAUUCAGUUACAGUAUAUAGAUAUCAUGCCCAAGCUAUAGAGCUACUUUAUGCAGCAUUACGCACAGAGCUGGAAUACCCACAGUGAGCAGAGAAAAACUUGAAAAGCACUGACAUAAAAGCCAAGGGCAGGGCCCGUGUUUAUCUUUGGUUCUUUAGAAAAGCUCCUCAAUACGAACUUCCUUUGUCAACUUAGCAUUUUCAACAUAAUACGGUCACAGAUAGUCGUGAGGUUUCUAAGCAACACAAACUGGACUGAAUGACUCUUCAUUUUCAGUCAUUUAUAACCAGACUUGCUUGGUAAUAUAAAUAAAGUUGAGGGUUUCGGAGUUCAUUAUCCUUCUUCUGCAUAUUUUUCUGUGACGAACAUCAAAUAAUAUUUUGUAGGUUGUUUUUUACUCAGGCAUGGCAGGGAAGCUGGGUUCACCACAGAAAUUCUUUUUUAACAGUGGUCCAAAGUAAGAUUAUUCUAAUUUUCUUUUCAGUUCAGCUUUGGGAUGUAAGAACAUUAAGGUUCAGCCUGUUACAGCUACUGUAGUGCAGUUGGAGCCCCACUUAUGAUAAUUAAAAUCUUGAGAUCAGUCACUAUCGACCAAAGAGCUGCUCAACAUAUGAUCAAAAGAGCUUGUGAUAGCUCAACAUGCAGCCGUUCUGACUCGCGAAGAGCUGACACCAGGGUUCAGACGGAGGUUGCUGUCUGAUUUCCACAGCUCACGAUGGCACGUAGCCACAGUGAAGGGAUGAAAGCCUCGGGGACUUGAUUAGUGCUUUUCUCCCACUGGUUCAUGCCUUUUAUACAUGUGUUUGUGUGCAUGUUGUUCAGUUAAUGAGAGAGACGAUGGAUUUCACCACUUGAGACCAUUGCCGCCUGUUAGCGGUCUCCAUCUGUAUCUGUCUCUGUUAAGAUAUUUGCCAUACUUAAGGCGCUGUGUAUAUGUAAUGUGGUGUGAGACCUCCUCUCCUGCUGUACGGUGCAGGAUCACAUGUCAGAACCAUGUUUUCCAACUUAUGUGAUGGUGGGUGGAAGCUAAUGGAGGCUGUAAGACUGUUGGUGGUAACAGACUUUUAAAUGUGUUCAGUGGUGUAGGAGGAGAGUGGAGAAUCUUUACAUUUCUAUUUUAGGUGUACAAUAUGGAUCAAAUUCUCUGAAACUUAAAGUUUGUCUUCCUUAUCAGUUAUUUUUCCAAUUAUUUGUUCACUCUGUCAGAAAUAGACUGACUUUUACUGUUAUAUUCCAGAGAAAAUGGCAUAAAUUGUCUCAUUUAUGUUGCUGGAAUCAGAGCAUAUUUGACAUUUUUGCUUCACACAAAUUAAUCCAUCCAUUAAUAAUAAUGUCAGCACAUUACUGACCAUUUAUAGAUUAAAGAAAUCAGAUUGAAAAGGGCUAUUUGUGGCUCAUCCAGUGGAUUUAAUGCCUGUAAAAUCAUGCAGAAAUCCAGUAAAAUCCAUGUUACCAUUAAACAGUCCUUCUCAUUGAUUUUCAACAUUACCUGCAACGACCUAAUACGACCAGAGAUAUUGAAAGCUUAGCUGCUGCUGUGUGGACGGUAGAGAGAAGUUUCUAAUUUCCCACCUCUCUCGGCUCUUGAUCCUUUCACAGCCUCCAUCCAUCCCCUCCUGUUUUCUCCCUCUGUCCUUUUCAACGUUCUCUUAAUUCCCUCAUAUCUCAUCCCUCGCUCCCUCCUUCUCCUUUUCAACCCCAGAUCCAUUCAUAACCUGUGGCUCGAUGGGCAUUUAUGUUGCAGAGACGCCAACGGACUGAUUUAGAUUUGAUUUCUCUCCUGCUCACUGUGUUUUUUUUUUUUCCUCCGUCCCUGUUGCAGCCUGUCAUUCAGGGAAGCUUUUGGGUCAAGUGUGUGUGUGUGUGUGUGCAUGUGUGCAUUUGUGGCACAGAAAGCUGCUCACUAACAGCCAAGAGAGAGAGCGAGCUAGAGAGAGAGAGAGAGAGGUAGGAGUAAUGAGGAAGCGGAUAGGAGGAGGAGGAGUGCCAAGGAGGGAGGGGUGGAUUGUGAGAGUGAGAGAUCGAGCAGAAGAGAGUGUGAAGCUGCAGCAGCCGGGAGAUAAAAGCUUUUCUCUCUCUGUGCCGGCGUAUGUGAGCGAGGGAUAAAGCAGAGGAGCGAAGCCAGCCGAGGGAGAGAACGAAUCCAGGCUGCCUGCUGUCACCGGAGCUCCCGGCUUCCCCUGAUCAGCAGGCCUCAAACACCACAAACCCACAGCGGAGCAGGACAAGACACACACUCGUGGACACGUAUGCAGAAGGGCUUGCACAGCUGAUCGAAUGUUGUGGGGGGGGCCGCCCAGCCUCGCAGGCACAAACACACACACGCUCGUACUCUCUGCUGGACAGACACACACACUCGCUGUUUCUGUUGCCUGCACCGUAUCAAUUGGAUCAAUCCGGCCAUGCUUGUCUGACGGAGCCACGGUUUCUUUUUAGCCGGAGACGCCCUGGGUUGCUGCUUUUUUUGCUCCCUGCAUGGCUUUGUUGUUUAAGGGGACAUGAAGUGCGGACCCUCAUGUCCUAACCUCUGCCGCUGUGCUGCUUGGAGUUCGGGACUGUCUUUCGCUGGACGCUGAGUCCCUUUGGCUCUGUUCCAGAUACACAUCUGUACGUGAAGUAGGUCUGCUGCUAGAGCUGGAUCUUGAGCCAACUGUGGACCAGUCUCGUCCUCCAGAUCCUAUCCCAGAUGCCUCUUCCUAAUUGGAUCCAGUGGACAUGAGGAGCUAUUAAGAGACGUAAAGGCACCGGAGAGGAGAAAAAGAACCUGCCUGUUCUUUGCCUCUGCAUAAGACGUGGUCUAAAUUACCCCCUCCACCUCCUUGCAAACUGUGGAUUUUGUCAGGCUGUUGCAUCGUCGCACUGCACCACCUGAUGAAGGGGAAGCUCGUCUGAGUAACUGGCAGACUGACAGCAGGACCCGGGAGGUUUAUGAUUGGACAGUAUUAGAGCACAAUUCCCAGGCAACUCUGGUCCUCAGGGAGUCUGACAUCAAGGUGAAGGGGUGGGCAGGAGGGAGGGUGGAGAAAUCUUCACACUGGUAUCCAGGGGAGAGGCAUGUGAUGCUAAGCUGUCUGGGGAGCUUAAGGUGGAGUCUGACUGCAUUUGUCUGGCUCCAGAAUUAGACCAGUACCCUACUAAGGCACACAGCCGCAUUCUGCAGGUUUUCUGGACCACGAUGAGUUGAUUCCACAGGUACCUGGCUGCCUGUGAACUUUCCUGCCAAUCUCGUCAACGGGAGAAAUAACACCAGCUGCAUAUUGACAACAACAGUCCCUUAAGAUGAGGAGCACACACACACAUGCUGAAAGGACUGACACAUCACAUGAGACACCAGCUCAAUGAGCGGCAGAAAUCGUGGGAGGAUGAUAAGGAGGAGAAGCAUCGAGGUGGGAAUCCGAUGCUCUGAUUGAGUAUUUAACAAGCUGUCAGAGUAUUGGCUGAAUCUCCCAGCAAUCUGUGGAAGCAUUGGCUGACUGCACACUAUCUGUCACCCACAACCAAUCUGGACGCCGCGCUGCCUCGGCAGAAGGAGACACCGAGCUUGCCGUUACUACGAGGGAUAUCGACAGCAUUGGCGUUAAUACUACUUCCUCCAUGAGUACCAUGACAGAUAGGAUUCCUACUGAUCUCUGCUGUGGGGCUGACUCGCAUUACUGAUCCUACUUCCCCUCCUCUUGCACUGCAAUAACAUUACCACAGUAGGAGCAGGGGCAUCAUUAAUUCAUGAGCUCAGAUAGCUACCAGAUCUGAGAGGAGAUAGAGCUCCUGGAUCACACCAGCACUUGGAUCGGACCUCACUUUGUUGGUGGUUUGUGGAGGAUGGAGAGAGGAAUCUGAAUGGAACUGAAGGUGUUGUUUUUCUCACUUCAGGAUUAUAAUACUGAAUCAAAAAAUGAGAUGAAACGCCCAGAAAUCCUGCCGUACGUAAACGCACACACACUCAGGACUUUCACACUUUGUUCUCAUGUCACACACAGGACACAUGCAGUGUUUGUGAAGCAGCUGGAGCUUCAUUAAUGGGCGGAAUAUUGUCGGACUUUUCUCUCUCCCACACUCAUCAUCCUGCCUGACACAUUUCCUUACACCAGGUAACAGUUCACCUGCCAAAACCCUGGUGAUAAAUCAGACGCUCUGCUGACAUAACUGUGUCCUUGUGUCCUUGACUGCGACCACAAGUCUCCUGGGAACAGACCAAGUAAAACAGCCAGCUGCCCUGGACAUACAGCAUACACACACGGUUAUAUACACAUAAACACAACUGACUGCCUGAGGAAAACACUGACUUUCCCUCUCUGUGUCUCUCUUCUUCGGUGACAGCUCGUACCAUCCAUUUUUCUAUUCACCAGGUUGUAUUUAAGAUGGUGCCAUGGAAAACUGAGCUAAACCUGCUCGUUCUAACUUCCCAUUACUCGCAGGUGUCAGAUUGAUGAGGGAGCUGUCAGCUACUUGUCAGUCUGUCUGAACAUUUCCUCUCCAGUGUCUCUCUCUUUUUUGGGGGGGGGGGAUUUUUCUGGUAUUUUUCUCUCCAGCAACUGGAAUAAAUGUGCAAACCUCCAUGAACAUUCAUUUGGCUUCUCUGAUGGAUUAACUACCAGUAUUUGCUGUAGGUUUUCUUUUUUUAUACGCUGUUCUUUGUCAGCAUCAAAGACAUGGGGAACUCCAUGGGUUGUGUCAGGCCUCCUCGGGAAGGGGAACUCGGUGGAGCCCCCCCACUUUCACCAAAGAAGCGUCUACGUUUCAAACGUAAGCACAAGGGCAAGAAGAACAGGAAAGGAGAUUUGGAGGUAAAGGAUGACUACGAGCGGCAAAGAAGCCAAGAGCCCGAUGAAAGAGAGGAAGAGGACGAAGACGAGGAGGAAAAAGUUGUGGAAGCAGUAGAUUCAGAUCUUAGCAACAGAGCUAGGACUCUUAUAACAGUGCCUGACACCCUGUCAACUCAUUCCAAAACUAAUCUGCACAGCAAUACUCUGUCCCCCGGCUCUACGAGUGCCAGCGUUGGGGGCCUUUUGGGCAGCAGAUUACUUGAAGUGUCCCCCAAGCCCAGCCCAGCCUGGAAAGGGGUCUUCUGCCUUCCAGGGGAGGAAGACACCGUCAGCGCAAUCGUAGAUGUCUCCAGCAUCCCGAGCCAGACCACCACCACCACCCCGGUCAACACAGCCCCAGCCCUGGGCAGCACCACUCCAGGCGGAGGGAGGGUCUGUCGCGUUCGGGAGAAAGUCCAAGGGGUCCUGGAGAAACCUUGGAUACUCCGACAGAAGAAGGAGAGAAAAGACAGGGGGAGAGCGGAGAGAGAAGAAAGGGGGGAUGUAGGGGUAAAGGGAGGACAAGAAGGGACAUCAGGUUUGGCGAGGACGCCAUCGGAGAGGGAGCGCAAAGGUGUGGUCCACAUCCGAGAGGUGGAUGGUAAACUCUGCGUGGUGAGGACACUGUAUCCCAGCGACUAUGGCUCUCCAGUGUGGAGGGGCGAGAGCGACGGUGAAGUGGAGGUACGGAAAGAGCCCCAUGCCCCGUCUCCAGUCACAGGAAAUAUUCUCAAAGUCCUGCUGUCUGAGGAGGACAAAGUUGCAGGCCAAGAUGUCUACAGGUGAAACCCUGUCGUCCUCCUCUAAGCAGCUGCUCAAGGGAUUCAGGUUGGACUCUCCACCUCGAGCACAGGAGAGGUCGUCUCUCUUGGAGUCGGGCUACGCCAGCGACCUGCCGCUGACC